AAGGAGAAAGACGGGUUUCUUUUAUCCUCAUCACCUGUCGCUUGUCGGACGUGCUGCAGAGUCUUUGCUUCACCCCUCCGGCACCUCAGCACUCUCCUGCUUCCUGCAGUAUAUAUCACCCCCUCCCGGCCUCCAUUUCUUCUCGACUUGAACACGGCCGCUAGCGUCUCUCAUCGGCUGGGCGUGGUUCACUACACGCACACUCACCAGCUAGCCACCGCAAGCGAAUCGAUCGAAACGGAGCCUAAUAGCUAGCUAGAACACAGGACACCCCCCCUGCUAGAAUAGGAAUCUAAGAGCGAGAGCGAGAGAGACCAUGGCCUCGGAGGCCAAUGGGGGCGUCGUCGCCAACGAGAAGGGAGCGGAGACGGUCGGCGUCGGGCGGUACGUGGAAAUGGAGCAGGACCAGGAGUCCAACACCGUCAAGUCGCGGCUCUCCGGCCUGCUCUGGCACGGCGGCUCCGCCUACGACGCUUGGUUCAGCUGCGCCUCCAACCAGGUGGCUCAGGUGCUGCUGACCCUGCCCUACUCGUUCUCGCAACUGGGGAUGCUGAGCGGCAUCCUGUUCCAGCUCUUCUACGGCCUGAUGGGCAGCUGGACGGCGUACCUCAUCAGCAUCCUCUACGUGGAGUACCGGACCAGGAAGGAGAGGGAGAAGGCCGACUUCAGGAACCAUGUCAUCCAGUGGUUCGAGGUGCUGGACGGGCUGCUCGGGAGGCACUGGAGGAACGUCGGCCUGGCCUUCAACUGCACGUUCCUGCUCUUCGGCUCUGUCAUCCAGCUCAUCGCUUGCGCAAGCAACAUCUACUACAUCAACGACAAGCUGGACAAGCGGACGUGGACGUACAUCUUCGGCGCCUGCUGCGCCACGACGGUGUUCAUCCCGUCGUUCCACAACUACCGGAUCUGGUCGUUCCUGGGCCUCGUCAUGACCACCUACACCGCGUGGUACCUCGCCGUCGCCUCCCUCAUCCACGGCCAGGUUGAUGGCGUGAAGCACUCCGGGCCGACCAAGAUGGUGCUCUACUUCACCGGGGCCACAAACAUUCUCUACACCUUCGGAGGGCACGCUGUUACUGUGGAGAUCAUGCACGCGAUGUGGCGGCCGCAGAAGUUCAAGGCGAUCUACCUGAUGGCGACGCUGUACGUGCUGACGCUGACGCUGCCGUCGGCGGCGAGCGUGUACUGGGCGUUCGGGGACCAGCUGCUGACGCACUCCAACGCGCUGGCGCUGCUCCCGCGGACGCCCUUCCGCGACGCCGCCGUCGUGCUCAUGCUCGUCCACCAGUUCAUCACCUUCGGCUUCGCCUGCACGCCGCUCUACUUCGUCUGGGAGAAGCUCAUCGGCCUCCACGACUGCCGCAGCCUCUGCAAGCGCGCCGCCGCCAGGCUCCCCGUCGUCGUGCCCAUCUGGUUCCUCGCCAUCAUCUUCCCUUUCUUUGGGCCCAUCAACUCCGCCGUGGGGUCGCUCCUCGUCAGCUUCACCGUCUACAUCAUCCCGGCGCUCGCGCACAUGAUCACCUUCCGAUCCGCAACCGCCCGUGAGAACGCGGUGGAGCCGCCGCCGCGGCUGGUGGGGCGUUGGACGGGCACGUACAUGAUCAACGCGUUCGUGGUGGCGUGGGUGCUGGUGGUCGGCUUCGGCUUCGGCGGCUGGGCAAGCAUGACCAACUUCGUCCGCCAGAUCGACACCUUCGGCCUCUUCACCAAGUGCUACCAGUGCCCGCCGCCGCCUCUCCCGCCGGGCGCCGCCCUCUUGCCGUUCCCCGGCGGCCUCGCCAACAUCACCAUGCCAUUCAACGGGACCGCUGAGCUCCCUCCGGCACCGGCUCCUUCGCCGGCGCAUUUCUUCCGCCACCACCACCGACAUCACAGCCACCGGCUCUGAAGAGACGAUGGAUGAACCCAGCUGAUACCAGUGCGCGACUCUGCUUUAGUUUCAGCUAAUCCAUUAGUUAGUGUAGCUUAAUCAGCACCUGCAGCAUCUUCCUUCUCUUCUCUAGCUUGUUGUGGCAUGCUUUCCCGGUUUCAGUGACUUUAGAGAGGCUGACACGAGGGUAUCAGUAUAAUCACUGUAUCAGUAUCAUGGAGUCUCUUGUGUUCUGGGCUGUGUCCCGGCGUGGAGCUCAAAAAAGGGGAAUAUUUCUACAGCCGCA